UGCAUCUUGGCGCAACAACCCAUGAUUUUAAAAAUAAUACCCAUGUUGAGUUUUGUGAUGGAUAGAGUCAUAUAAAUACAAAGAGUGUUAUCAAAUCCACUUCUCUAUUCAGAUAUAACAUACCAUGGAGUUUGAGUGAGUUAAAGCUAAAACUGUGAAGAUUAAAAAAGGUUGAUAGCAAUGGCCAGAAAUAUAUACCUCUGAAUUUUAUUUUUUUUCUGCUUCCGCUGUCUGUGUUUGUUAAUGCCGAUGCGUGUUGCGGUUGCUGCAGUGGUGCGAGUGGGCUCACGUAACUGGGCCCGGUGGGCUUCAGGUGUGGCCUCGAGCCCAACCCUUUCGAUAUGGCGGCGAAAGAAGGAGAUGGGGAAGGAAGGGCUGGUGGUGGCCAAAGAGCUGAAGAGGCUCCGGUCGGACCUGGUCUGGCUCGACCUCUUCAUCCAGUCCAGCGUCUCCCGCUUGCUCAAGUCCGACCUCGUCGCCGUCCUCGUCGAGUUCCAGAGACAGAACCAAGUCUUCCUAUGCACCAAGUUGUAUGAUAUAGUCCGGAAAGAAAUAUGGUAUCGGCCAGACAUGUUUUUUUAUAGGGACAUGCUUAUGAUGCUUGCGCGAAACAAAAGGGUGGAAGAAGCUAAGAGUGUUUGGGGUGAUUUGAAAGAGGAGGAAGUUUUAUUUGAUCAGCAUACGUUCGGAGAUAUCAUUAGAGCUUUUCUAGAUAACGGAUUGCCCUCAGAGGCAAUGGACAUAUAUGAAGAAAUGAGACAGUCUCCUGAGCCUCCCCUUUCAUUGCCUUUUCGCGUGAUAUUAAAAGGGCUCAUUCCCUAUCCAGAAUUAAGAGAGAAAAUAAAAGAUGACUUCUUAGAGAUUUUCCCAGGUAUGAUCAUCUACGACCCCCCAGAGGACUUGUUCGAAGAUAAUGAACAACACAAGGAUAGAGAUAACUAGAAUAGAAUUGCUUAGUUCCCUGGACUCCUACACAACUAUAUGUGUUCUAACAUUCAAUUCAUGUGGAGAUCAGGGUGUUUGCAGCAUAUUUUGUAUGCUGAACCUGCCUGGUGCCAUGCAAUGUUGAGACCUGGUAGCUGUUGCUGUAUAUAUAAUAAUUUCAAAGUGAUUCUCUUUUGAUCUAAGCUUUGAGUUUUUCCUAAUUUAGAUUAUUUUUUAAAUUAAUUUACAUCUUAAGCCUAAACAGUGUAAACGAAUGUUGAUGAUACGUAUGGAGGGAGUUGUUCAAUGGAAAUUAAUACACACAA